AUGACCAUGAUACAUGGAUACUUUAGAUUCCAUAAACCUGCACCACAUGAUUUGGGAUCCGCCAGAUGUAGGAUUCCGAGAGAUUUCAUGAAAAGGAAUAAUAUCACCACAGGCCAAUGGAUCAAAAUUGAGGACAACGAUCGGAUAGUGUACGCUUGCGUAUGGCCUAUCGAUAUAGCUGAAGAUGACAUUAUAGAGAUAGACGAUUUUGUAACGAAACCAAAAGUUUCUCCUGAUAGAGAACAUCCAUCACACAAUAGACGUUUGUAUUCCAUAUGUCCUAUACCACGCUUCCCACAGGUUGCGAAAGAGUUGAUUGUUACAGCUGAAAUUCAUCAUCCCUCAGACUUCUACACCUCAAGUAGAGAAUGGAGGGAAUUCCAAGAGUUUGGAUUCGUUUGGAGAAACGCCUCAGAGGAAAUGAAGAUUGAGACCAUUAAAGGACGACUGGCCGGUCUUUUAUUGAUUGAUGGGUGUAUUGUUCAAGAUGAACGGAAGUGCUUGAUAAUAAAGAUACAAUAUACAACACCAUCAAACGUUGAGGUGCUGAUCACACCUGCAACUCAAAUAAAGUUAUCUGCUAUCGAGGAGGAAGAUGCUGUAUUUGACGAUCGAGAGAUAUCCUCAAUUACGGACGCGUUUUUUUCAUUAUCGCUUAAAGAGCAAACAUCUUACCAGCCCAUAGCUGGUCUCGAAAAGGCCUACGAAGCCUUGUAUGAGGUUAUAAGUUACCCACUUUUGUAUCCUGGCUUAUUUCGGAAAAUAGGCGUCGAGUGUCCGAAAGGGGUGCUAUUGUAUGGGCCACCAGGAGUCGGAAAAACUUACUUAGUGUGUGCAAUCGCAGAAGCAUGUAAAGCACAAUUGAUUACGUUCCAUGGAUCAGAUGUCCACGAUCAAUAUGUCGGCGAAAGUGAAGAAAAGCUUCGCGAAACGUUUGCGGAGGCGAAUCGUAUAACUGUUGCAGAUACUAAUAAAGCAGUGAUUAUAUUUAUAGACGAAUUGGAUACACUUGCUCCCCAUAGGACGCAAGCCAAAUCUCAUGAAUCGCGUAUGGUGGCUCAACUUUUGACCUUGAUGGAUGGUAUAGAAUCACGAGGGCGAACAAUAGUAAUCGGAGCGACCAAUCGUCCGAAUGCUGUUGACCCUGCGUUAAGAAGACCCGGCAGACUAGACCGUGAGAUUGCUGUUGAUGUUCCGAACGAAAAGGCUCGUUUUGACAUAUUAAAAUCUAUAACAAGCACAAUGCCGAUUGAUUCUAGUGUGGCCUUGGAGGCUUUGGCUUCAGUUACAAAAGGAUACGUUGGUGCAGAUUUAGCCUCGUUAUGUCGCGAAGCCGCUAUGAACGCCAUGAAUCGACACACUGUUUGCGGAUCUGAAAAACAGAUUAAAAUGACUGAUUUUAAAUCAGCGAUGUCACGCGUAACGCCCUCGAUCUCUCGCGGUCUGCAAGUGGACAUAGAGCAAACGACAUGGGAUGACAUUGGCGGAUUGGAAGAAGUGAAAAAGAAACUGCAGCAAUCCGUUACAUGGCCGAUCAGCUAUCGAAAUGCGUAUGAAAGAUUAGGACUUAAACCAUCCAGAGGAAUAUUAUUAUAUGGACCACCGGGAUGUAGUAAAACUAGCUUAGUCAAGGUAAUAGCAACAAUUUCCGGAGCUUCUUUUAUUUCAAUCAACGGAGCCCAUUUAUACUCCCCGUAUGUUGGCGAUUCCGAAAAAAUAAUAAGCUCCACUUUUCAGCGGGCACGCUCUGCCUCGCCGUCGAUUGUAUUCUUCGAUGAAAUUGAUGCGAUUGUCGGCAAAAGAUCGUUUGAUAAAAGCCAUGGAAGAGAUAGCGUGCAAGAACGCAUUUUAUCUAUGCUGCUUAACGAGAUGGAUGGGAUUGAAGGGGCAAGCGGUGUGCUAGUCAUGGGAGCUACUAAUCGACCCGAUAUGAUCGAUGCUGCCUUGUUGCGACCUGGGAGAUUCGACAGAUUGAUAUUCGUGCCCCCGCCUGAUUUAGAGGCGCGUCGUCAAAUUUUACGAAUUCAUACGCUAAAUAUGCCUCUAAGCAAUGACGUUGUGUUGGAUGACCUGGCUGAAAAGACCGAAUUUUAUUCUGGGGCAGAUUUGAAAAACUUAUGUCGAGAAGCGGCAAUGAUUGCAUUGCGAGAAACGAUUUCGGUUCAGAGUAUAGAAAUGAGACAUUUUUCAGAGGCAAUGAAGAACGUCCAACCAUCCUUAACACUGGAAGCAUUGAAACAAUAUGAAGGCGUUGGAUGA